AUGCAACUAAUCCUUCCUACGUUCGGGGCGUCCAAAUCACCACCAAAUACUAGAAAAGGAAACUUGGCUCGUUGUGAUACUAUGAAAGAGUUCUUUCAUGGCUUCUGGAAUACACAACUGAAAGAUGUUGCAAAACCGAGUGAUAAAAUCAUUACAAAAAAUUAUAAGAGCAACUCGGAUGUGAAACACGGGGGAGUUUUUUAUGACCUCUAUGAGCUACCACUCGAGAAACUUAUGUCGACAGCUUCAAAAAGUCAAUCGGAAACUGGUGAUUUGAAAUUUGCUUCCAAGGCCACAAUAAACUUUCAGAUGCCACUACUGCCACAUAUAAAAUACAGAUCUCAACUUAAUGACUCAACCUGGAGAAGGCCCCGUGAACUUGGAACAGUGAACAGCAAGCCAUUUGAUAGACAAUUGUUGCAACUUGAAAUCUACCAGUUACAACUUUUGGGUCAAAUAGUUGAUUUAUUGAAGAUUCUAGUCUUACUAUUACUAAUUUUGCAGAUAAUCUGGACUUGGUCUUGUGAGAGACACGGCCAAGAUCUAUGA